CCAAAGUGUGGGGCUCAGGCUAUGACACACCUUUUUCUGCCACCUGCGAUCUCGGGAAACACAUCAUGUGACCCCUCCAGGUCAGAAGCUGUGUCCUGACUAGCUACAGAAUGUUCCAGAAGGGAGGCCUGUUCCCACAGUGACUGAGCCUCUCACUGCUGCUGGCCCUGGACUGAUUCCUUGUGCUGCCCUUUCAGCAGGGCUGCAGGACUGUGCGUCCUCACAUAGUGACCCACCGAGGACAGACUCCCCACACCGGCAUGCUGUGGGGAAGGACAUGCACAUUUCAAGUUAGGAUCCCUAGAGCCAGACUCCUUCCCAAAACAGCUGUCGCAGUCCCAUGGCCCAGCAGUCUGUGGCGAUGGCUGUGUUCCUGCAUCGAGCCAGUUCUGGGCGUUAGGGUUCUUUUCCAUUUUGCCAAUCUGCUCUCAGGGUGGCCAAUGGAACUGCAGGGAGGCUCUGAGGUACUUGUUGGCCCUGAGAAGCUGAGCCCCCUCUCAGUUCUUUACUGGCCAUUCAGAUUCACUAUUCCUGAGCCAUCUGGUCAGAUCCUCGGCCCUGUGGGUGUCUGUCUUCCACCACAGGAUCUCCAGGAUCUCACCCUUGGCUGGUUCUGGGUGCUCCAUAGCUUCAGGUUCUCAGAACCACCUUUAAUGUGCAGAAAGAAAAACCCAUAUCUUUCUUUGCAGUCAGAGGGCAUCUCAUGGGUGUGUCUUCCCUGUGCACUGUCUUCAGCUGGGAGGGAGUGAGCUCGUACCAGACCUUCUGCUCUGAGUCAAGAGCAGAGCAGGCCUCACAUAGCACAGAGGGAACAUCACGGAGCCCUAGCGUCAGAUGGUUCUGGGCUCUGACCGGGUGACUUCGAGUAGGUACUGAACAUCUCCAAGCCUCUGUCUUCUCUCUGGAAUGGGGUAUUUUGUGUGGAUUCACUAGGAUACUGUUAUUCCUCCAGGGAGAUACCAUGGCUACUUAGUUAACACAGUGGCUUCAGGCUCCUAAUGUUUGUAAUCAUCCCCCCCCGCCAAUUCUGUUUGGAAAGCUGAGUCCUGUUUUCUGCUGGAGGCACCCAUGUCCUACCUCCUGCUACAGGUCGCUGAUGGCAGGGGAGUGCCUGGGCUGAGCUCUGGCCUCCUGGUGGUCCAUGGGGCCGCCUGUGACAAUAUGUCCCUCCUCUGUCCCACCCAAGUGUAUCUGUGGAUCAGACCAGGCCCUGGAUGAAGCCUGGGUGCUGAAAACCGUCAAGGCAGGCUCACUAGAGAAGCUGGUGGAGCACCUGGUGCCCGCCUUCCUAAAGGGUGACUUCUCCUACAUCAAAAUCUUCCUGGGAACCUACAGAAGCUACGCCACAGCCCAGCAGGUCCUAGACCAGCUGUUCCAAAGGUAUGGAUGUAACCAGCCCUCUUCUGCCGGUGACAGUGAACCCCAGGACCAGCUGAAAGGCGCCAUCUCUUUUAUCCUGGGCACAUGGCUGAAGGACUACUCAGAGGAUUUCGAUCAGCCCCCGUACUUCCCCUGCCUAAAGCUCGUGGUGGAGUAUGUGCAGGUGAACAUGCCAGGCUCACAUCUGGAGCACCGUGCCCAACUUCUCUUGGCCCAGCUGGAUCAGAUGGACAUCACUGAGGCAGAGCCAGAGGGUGAGGAGGACUGGGCAUGCCUGCAUGUGAGCUUGUGAAGGGGACAUGGGAAGACCCCCAGAGGCUGGGGCUAAGCCAGAGCUCAGAGUAACUUCAGAGCCUCCUCUGGUGGACCACAGUCUGGGAAGGCUUCCUGGGGUGGAAAUCUUGGGAUUGGGCUUCUCUUCACGACAAUGGGAUAUUUUGCAUCAUUGGAAAGGCAGCCAUGUUGGUGAACCUUUCUCCUCUUGCAGCUCCAGAUCCGGGGCCAGUCCCACUUGUAAAAGUAGCUCGGGGUCUACCUUUGCCCCAACGACCAUCUCCAGGACUGUCUCCUGGGGUACAUCCUGCUCCGGUACCAGCAUCGGAGCUCUAUAGCAAACUAUCUAUUACAUUACCAGCUGCAGCGCCAGCACCAGAUGGAGAGCCAGCUGGAACGGUGGAUUUCCAUCCAGGGUCGCCUCCAGAACCGACUGCUGGACCACUGGCUGAUGUCAGUCCUGCUCCUGCUGCAACACUGGAGCUCCAUAAAACACUGGCUAGUCCAUCACCAGCUCCAUUGCCGGCACCAGAUGAAGAGAUGGCUGGAGGGCUGGAUUGUUAUCCUGGGCCACCUCCGGAACCGGCUUCUGUACCACCUGGUGAGGUUGAUCCUACUUCUGCUCCAACAAUGGAACUCCAUACAGGACCAGCUAUUCCAUCACUGGCUUUUGUGGUGGCACCUGAUGAAAAGCCAGCUGGAUGGUCGGAUUCUUAUCCUGGGCCACCUCCAGAACCGACUACUGGACCAGUGGCUGUUGUCGAUCCUUCUCCUUCUUCAACACCGGAGCUUGAUGUAGCCCAGGUCCUCCCCCAGCUCCGUCACCAGCGUCAGAUGGAGAGCCAGAUGGAGAGGUGGAUUCCCACCCUGGACCACCUCCAGAACCAGAUCCUGGGUCACCAGCUGAAGUCAAUUCUGCUCCUGCUCCAACGCAGGAGCUCAACAGAGCAGCAGCUAUUCCAUCACCAGCUUCAGCUCUGGCAGCAGAUGGAUAGCCCACUGGAGGUUCAGAUUCUUAACCUGGGACACCUUCAGAGCCGGUUCCUGGACCACCUGGUGGUGUCGAUCCUGGUCCUGCACCGACACCGAAGCUCCAUAGAGCAUCACCUAUCCCCUGACCAGCUUCUACACUGGCACCAGGUGGAAAGCCCGCAGGAGAGCUGGAUUUUUACCCUGGGCAACUUCCAGAACAGACUCCAGGACCACUUCCUGAGUCAGAUCCUGGUCUUGCAGCAACAUUGGAGCUGGGUACAACAACAGGUCAUCUGUCACCAAGUUGAGCACUGGCCCAUGACAGAGAGCCUGCUGGAAGAUCAGAUUCUCUUCCUGGGCCAACACCAUAACCGGCUCCUGGACUGCCUGGUGAGGUCCAUCAUGCUCCUGGACUAAAACAGCAGCUCCAUAGAGCACCAUCACCAGCUCCAGCGCUGGCACCAAGUGAAGUGCCAGCUGGACAGUCAGAUUCUUAUCCUGGGCUACAUCCAGAACUAGAUUCUGGACCACCAGCUAAUGUCAAUCCUGCUCUUGCUCCCGCACCAACACUGGAGCUUAAUGUAGCCCACACCCCUCCAUCUCCAGCUCUGGCCCAGGUAUCAGGAGAAGAGCCUUUUGGAAGCCUAGAUUCCCAUCCUGGUCCACCUCCAGAAAUGUUUCCUUGACUACCUGCUGAUGAUGAUCCUGCUUUGUAGUGCACCGGCUAUUCCAUCAUCAGGUUGAGCAGUGGCACUAGACAAAGAGCAAGCUGGAGGGUCAGAUACCUAUCCUGGGCCACCUGCAGAAAUGGUUCCUCUACCACCUGCUGAUAUCGAUCCUGAUCCUGCACCAACACUGAGCUUAUCGUAGGCACAGGUCUUCCUUCUCCAGCUUCACCACUGACACUAGAUGAAGAGCCAGCUGGAAGGGUGGAUUUCCAUCCUGGGCCACCUCCAACUGACUCCCAGAUGAACAGCUCUAACACUGGAGCACUACAGACUAUUAAGUCCUCUGUCUCUAGCUCUGCCUUGGGCACCAGAGGCUGAGCCACUGGCCGCGUCUCCUCCACAGCAGCUCCUCAUUCACAACCAGGGAACAUGGCUCCAGAACCAGACCCUUUCUUCUCCUCACCUGUGUGGGUAUAUUUUUGGUUUUGUUAUAGUAUUUUUCCAGCACAAUUUAUACUUUAUGCUAUUUUAACUGGUAGGUUUUCAUUAAAUAAAGUGUUAUCUUAAUAGUUUUAAAGUGCGUAAUAUAAUGGCUCUGUGUACUUUCACAAUCCUAUUCAC